UUUUUUUUCCAUCACGCCAAAGGCAGGCAGCCUCGAGUUCCACUCGGAACCUACGCGUCGGGGGAGAGUCAGGAGAGGGAGGUAGCUUAUUUUCGCCAGGCCGAGAGAGAGAGAGAGAGAGGGUCAGAGAGGAGAGAGCUAGCUAGCUGAGCUCAAUGGAGGCGGCGGUCAUGGAGCGGGAGCGCCUCACGGCGGAGAUGGCGUUCCGCGGGGACGCGCAGGCGGCCGAGGGGGAGUGGGCGCCGAGCAUCGUGAUCAAGAUCCGGCGCCGGCUGCCGGACUUCGCGCGCUCCGUCAACCUCAAGUACGUCAAGCUGGGGAUCCGGCACGGCGGGAGCGUCACGUCGUACCUCCCCAUGCUGUGCGUGCCGCUGAUCGCCUCCGCCGCCUACUCGUUCGUCCGCCUCGACGUCAUCUACCGCUCCAUCGACCUGCUCACCUGCGUCGCCUGGCUCGGCACCGCCGUGCUGCUGCUCACCGUGUACUACUUCAAGCGGCCGCGCCCGGUGUACCUCGUCGAGUUCGCCUGCUACAAGCCGGAGGACCAGAACAAGAUCUCCAAGGAGGGCUUCCUCGAGAUGACCGAGAGCACUGGCUGCUUCAAUGACGCCGCGCUGGAUUUCCAGACCAAGAUCACCAACCGCUCCGCGCUCGGCGACGAGACGUACCUCCCGCCCGGCGUCCAGGCGCGGCCGCCGAGGCUCAACAUGGCCGAGGCCAGGAUGGAGGCCGAGGCGGUCAUGUUCGGGUGCCUGGACGCGCUCUUCGAGGCCACCGGGAUCAACCCGCGCCGCGACGUGAGCAUCCUCAUCGUCAACUGCAGCCUCUUCAACCCGACGCCGUCGCUGGCGUCCAUGAUCAUCAACCACUACAAGAUGCGGGAGGACGUCAAGUCGUUCAACCUCGGCGGCAUGGGGUGCAGCGCCGGCCUCAUCGCCAUCGACCUCGCCAAGGACAUGCUCCAGGCGCACCCCAACUCGUACGCGGUCGUCCUCAGCACGGAGAACAUCACCCUCAACUGGUACUUCGGUAACGACCGCUCGAUGCUGCUCUCCAACUGCAUCUUCCGCAUGGGCGGCGCGGCGGCGUUGCUCUCGAACCGGCGCGCGGACGCCAGCCGCGCCAAGUACCGGUUGCUGCACACCGUGAGGACACACAAGGGCGCCACCGACGAGUGCUUCAACUGCGUGUACCAGCGCGAGGAUGAGGCCAACAAGGUUGGGGUGUCGCUGGCGAGGGAGCUCAUGGCGGUGGCCGGCGACGCGCUCAAGACCAACAUCACCACCCUGGGCCCCCUCGUCCUCCCGCUCACCGAGCAGCUCAAGUUUCUCAAGUCACUGAUGAUGCGCCGGGUGUUCCGCGUCAGGGGCGUGCGCCCCUACAUCCCGGACUUCCGCCGCGCGUUCGAGCACUUCUGCGUGCACGCCGGCGGCCGCGCGGUGCUGGAGGAGGUGCAGCGCAGCCUCACCCUGGAGGACAGGGACAUGGAGCCGAGCAAGUGCUCGCUGCACCGGUUCGGGAACACCAGCAGCAGCUCUCUGUGGUACGAGCUGGCGUACGCCGAGGCCAAGGGCCGGGUCCAGCGCGGCAACCGCGUGUGGCAGAUCGGCUUCGGCUCAGGGUUCAAGUGCAACAGCGCGGUCUGGCGCGCGCUCCGCGACGUGCCGGCCGUGUCGCCGCCGCCGCCGGGGAAGAAGAGCUGCAACCCGUGGGUGGACUGCAUCGCGAAGUACCCGCCGAAGGCGUACGUCUGAUGGUUACGUUCUCGUGGCUUCCCACAACAAUUGUAUGAUUCAUUUCUCCUUACCAAAACACCAAAAAACUGAAGGGCAUGCUGGCGAAAAAAUAUUUUUUCCCUUUUUUUUUAUCGUUUUGUUUUUCUUCUUCGCAUAGGUUGCGCUAGACAUUGCCGGUUCUUGGAAUUCAGGGAUUUAUACGGCAAAUUGAAUUCCAAAAGCUAGCAGUGCCAUUCUUUUCAGCUUUUGUACUAGCAUCAUUUGUUUUACACUUCCUGGCCUUCUAGAAGUUGGGGGGAACAGAAGGGGGGGACAUCACAACAUGCCAUAUGACUAGAGAACAAGAUUGCCAAGUGUAAAUUAUAAACGAGGAAUCAAUGUUACACGGUUGUUUGUGUAAGUUUCUGAAUUUCUGUUCA